GGAGCGGGACACUCUGAGGGGAUCGGGACCCUUCUCAAGUGCUGAGGGAUUUGGGGUCACCUGAAGCGCUGAGGGCAGCGAGACCGUCUGAGGGGAGCGGGAACUGAGGGGAUCGAGACCCCGAGGUGCCACGGGGAGCGGGGCGCCCUGAGGGGAGCGGGACCCUCCUGAAAUGCUGAGGAGAUUGGGGUCCCUUGAGGGUGUCGGGAUCCUCCUGAAGUGCUGACGGGGUCGGGGUCCCCAGAGGAGCUUGGGGAAGAGUUCGGCACUCCCUAAGGAGGGAGCUGUGUCGGGGGCGGCCGGCGUGUCCCACAGCAGCGUCCACCCUGGUCCUGGAUGUUGAACUCCCCCGGCACAGCUGAGCCCAGCCCGCAGCUGUGGGUGCCGUGCCCGGAGCCAAGGAAAUGCCAUUAAAUCGUAGUGGUUUCACCUGAAGAAUCCCUUAGAGGUGCUACUGGUGUAAAAGAUGAGGCUGAAUGAGAGCCGAACAAGAUCCUUCCAGGCUCCUGUCACUGUCCACAACUUCCCGGACAGGCAGGUGUAUGUGUUUCCCAAUGGCCGAUCUGACUCAGAUGAGUCCUCAGAGGAGGAGCUCAACGUGAUGGAAUUGCGGCCCAGGGGCAAGGAGCAGCAGCGGGGCAGCGCUGCCCGGGACAGGCUGGGGGACGUGGUGCUUCUGGAGCGGGAGAUCACCGAGGGGGAUAACCUCAACAAGCUGGCCCUGCAGUACGGCUGUAAGGUUGCGGAUAUCAAACGUGUCAACAACUUCAUCCGGGAGCAGGACCUGUACGCACUGAAGUCCAUCAAGAUCCCGGUGCGGCCAUACGGGCUGCUCACGGAGAGCACCGGGGCGCUGCGGCUGCCCCCAGCGGAGCCCGCCCAGCCUGGCCUGACACGCGUGGAGCUGCCAGAGCCCGACCCAGGCGCGGGCGGCUCCGCUGGCGGCCGGCGCCUCAGCGAGUACUUCAGGGGCAUUGACCAGAGCAUCCAGGACGCCGUGCAGGUGGAGGUGCAGCUGAACGCGCAGCUGAACGCGGAGUACGGCGUGGAGGCGCUGGAAAGGCCCCUGCUCGAGGCAGGGAAGCGGGAGACUGGUAAUGGUGCAGACUGUGGAAUCCAGUGGUGGAACGCCGUUUUUAUUAUGCUCCUGAUAGGAAUUGUCCUGCCAGUAUUUUAUAUCAUCUAUUUUAAAACGCAAGGCCUGGUGGCCCGCACCUUUAACAUAACCUCAAAUGUUUCAACAACUGGAUUGGAAGGGAAAUUACCACAAGGCUCAGUUGUAGGAAAAAAAUCCUAAGGGGAAGGGGCAGCCCACUCCAGCCUCUCCAGCAGUGAUGCCCAUGUGCUUAUGACUGACUCAAGUGCUUCCAAGGGGAUACAACAAUACAGAUUAUUUUUAUAAGUAGCUGAUGAUGUAAUCCUGAAUUUGACUGAAAAUGAGGUGAUGUGAUUUUUGAUGGAAAAAUAAGGAUGUUUUGUUGCUUACAGAGAUCAUCAUCGAGGUGGCUUAAGAGUUGGGAACUCUGUUUAGGGGAAAGUGGUUUGUAGCAAUUUACUCAUUGUGGUUGCUUCAGCUAUUUCUUAAUGAUGUGUCUAGAAGCAACUCCUUUGCUGCUGAGCUAGAGUGCGCAGUAUUAAUGUGGUUGGAAAGUUGGGGGUUGUUCACAUUUUAAGGAAACACUUUUUGCUGGAAUGGAAGAGGGGGGGGGACACUUUUUCUCAGAAGUGUCAUUUUUGUCUCUUGCAGACCAUGGUGGUUUUGGCCUGCUUGAACUUAAUGAUGCCUUUUGGGGCUCUAAGCUGGGUGUGCCAGGGCACAAGGACACUGCCAGCACCCCACCUUGUCAUCCCCCUGAGCAAACCUUUGAGCUGUGUUCCAUUAGGAUGUGUCAGGCCCACCCCUGGGAAGGGUGAGCCCAGACUUCUUCCCCACAGUGAAACCCUUCAGAGAUGGCUCUUGCGAUCUGGAGGUCCCAGUGCAGGAUCUGCACUGUUCAGGGUUUUGCUCAGCCCUGCAUGGCCCCGGGUGGGCAGAGGGUGUUGGAAGAGGACAGGAGAGCAGGAGAGAGGAGUCACAUGCACUUCUCAAGGGUUCAUUUGCUGGCAGAAGGUCUAGUCAGUAUUAUUUGCUAAAAAAACUAAUAAUAGUCUACAGUGGUGCUUCUCAGACACCCGGGCUUGGUCAUGGAAUUACUUCCUUGUGUGCAGUCUGGGCAGGAGUGAAGUGCUGAGCUGGGUGCAGGUUGCAAGGUCCAGGACUGAAGUCCAAGAAGAAGGAAGGAUGAAGCCUUUAUAGGAGAGGACUGUGCAGCUGCUGAUUGUGACAGGUUUCUGUGAACUGACAGUGUGCAUUAAAAAGCUUCGCAGGGCAGUGGAGACGUCGGUCAGUCCGAGGGCUGUGCUCUUCAGGGCCAGUCAGCAAACACUACCUGCUGCAAGGGAGCAGCAAGGCAGCCCUUGGGAGCUUCGCUAAAGUGAAGAAUUUGCCUCAGAAGUUUGAUUCAGCAAAUUCCAGACCUGUGGGCAGAGGUGAAGGCUUUCCUAUACCAGACACUAAGGGAUUUUGCAUGGGCAGCUGCCAUUGUUGCUGAGGGUGAGGGCAGAGCUGGUGGGCAGGUGCAGGAAGCACUGUCCUCCCCACCUCAGCCCUGUCCCAUUUGGAGCUUCCCAGCUGCCAGCAGGCCCCCAGGGCUUCUCCGGCAGCCCGAAGCCUGCUGGGGCAGAGCAGGGGCUGGAGAGGGGCUGUGGUACAAGCACCUGUUGUACAGGUGUAACCUCAGCCUGGCCUGAGGAAGAGCAGCCUGGCAGUGUCUGCCUGGAUGGGGAGGACUGAAGCUUCUCCAGCAAGGUGAGGAGCCCCACACCACACAAGCAGAACCAUGUGCUGUUACAAUGAGAACCUAUGUUUCCGGCAGUUCUCAAAAGUGGGAACCUAAUUUUGUAAAUGAGCACUCUAAAGUAUCUUACAGUGAACAAAAACUUGUAUUUUUCUUCUAUGAAGAGCUGUAUCUCUUGGUUCUGGGGAGGGGGGGAUUCUUACAUUUUUAAAUAAAGCCACAUGAAAUAAAAGCGCAAGGGGCACAGCUUGUGCGUUUUUUGCUAUCACCUGCCUUAGAAAGUGGGGUCCCUUGCAGCCUUACCUCAGCCCCUGCAGUGAGAAGCAGGAGUGGAAGCGGGGCUGGAGGGGUGGGACUGGCCUUGGGCUCUCCACUCUGAAUGGACCCUGGUUUAUCUGCCAGUUCCCUUAAGUGUUUUGUAAAAAAGGUUCUUAGCAAGCAUCAGUCCUUGAGUGUAGUAACAAGCGUGUGUGAAUUCCUGUUGAUGAAAAUGCUCAUGGCUGCAGUUUCAAACCAACACCUCGCACCUGAAUUGGACACCUGGAGGGGGCAAGGACGCGCCAGACAGGACCACGUGCUCUGCAAACACGAGAGAGGCUGGAGUACACAGUAAAAGCCAGUAUCUUUACUUUAGUGAAUGCAGGAUACAAAUAUUUUACAACAACCUCUAGCAUUUUCUUAACCAUUUGAUAAAAAGUUCACUAGAAUAUUUAUUGUAUAUUGAAGAAAAAACAACACAUUCAGGGAAAAAAAUUGAGAUUAACUUAUUUUUUUUCUUAAAAGAUUCGUCUCAAGGAUGGCAACAAAGUCCAGCUUGUGCCGCCAAACGGCUUAUCAGCAUUAAACCGUGAACAGCUUCUUGUGAACUGUUGACUACAAACAUUUACCAAAUACAUAAAUCUCUUUUAAAAAAGCCAUUUUAAAUAUAGCAAAGCAGUGUUCUCUUGCACAGCAAAGUGAAGAAAGGUUCUACUAAGAUUUAAAUGUUUACAUUGGUUAAGUCUUUCGUUCACAUUCGGAUUUAACUUCUGCCCAGGAUCAAUUGUUAGGAGUUGUUUUGUUCCUUAUUUACUAUGUAUUUCUUGUGCGCACAGUAACUCGCAAGUUUCUGAUGCAUUAGUGUCCUUGGAGGGAAGGCAAGGCUAAAGCAGUUCUCUCUGAUGAGUCCCUGACACCGUGGCAUUCUCAAAACUAUUGUGAGAGCUCGAGGAUGGAGGUGAUUUGUCACAACAGAGAUAAAAAUCUUAAAUCAUUCAGACCUGACUGGGUUCAGCCCAGGAUUGGAUCCACUUGCACUUCAGUCAGCAGAGAUAAUUUUAAAAAGUUUUUUUUUUUUUAAACCUGUUGAAAUAUCUGUGCUAUGUCAUUUUUUUUUUAUAAAACAUUUUUACAAUUUCUAAAAAAGUAUGUUUCAAAGUGAGUUACUAGUUAUUAAAAACCAGGAUUCCCAUGUCCUCGGUGGCAGGAGGUGCUCCCAAGAGCAGAGAGCUGUGGAAGGACGUUUCUGCUGGGGCUAGGGCAGCACAGGGCCGCUCCCUGGCCCAGCUCUUUAGAACUGAUUCUAUUAUUUUUUUUUUAAUUCAUUGGUGCAAUUUCAAUACAAACUCUAACCCUUGUGUAGCUUUGUCUUUAAGAAAACAGUAGUUUAAGUACUGUUUAAAAACCUGCAUAGAAAUAAAGACUAUUGAGAUACAGUCAGCAAAGCCAUCUGAUAAGGCACACAAGAAAAUAGACAGUAAAUGUGAAUGCAGAACUCCCACUCGGAUGUACAGCAAAGUUCAUACAGGUGCAUAAAUCAUGGAACUCACAUCACUAGUCAGAGCAGCAAAAGGUUCCAGGGAGCAGCAAGUGAAUUCGGUCACUGGGGAACACAGCAGCCACUGGAACGUGUCCCGUCUGCCUCCAUGCUCCUGCCAGCCAGGAUGAACCCACGGCAAUAGGAAGCAGUUCCACGGGAAGGGCUGGGACUGGAGCCCCUGUGGGUUUUGACGUUGUCAGGACAACAGGGGACAGGGCUGGAGGCCGCAGGUACCACACAGGGCAGCCGGCCACGCUGCACCGCCCUUCUCACCCCUCCCUUACAGCAUCAAGGGAUUUUCUUAACUG